CAGAGACCCCUUUCAAUUGGUUUUCUUGAAUCUCUUCAUGGAACCUUUCAAGAACCUUUUCACUGCUUUCUUGAACGUCUCAACAACUCUCCCAUGUCCUUUCUCAAGAUCAAGAACCCAUCUUUUAGCCACUUUCGUUCUCCUUCUUUCUCUUCUUUUCCUCUCAACUUCACUAACCAACCAUUCUUCAUCAUUCACUGCCUCUGCUCUUGCUUCUCGCCUUCUCUUUGCAGCACUCUACAUCUCUCCCUUCUCUUCAAUUAAAUCAUCCAACACAUGUCUCGUCUCGGACUUGCGCGAUAACUGCACGCUUUCUUCUGUCACUGCAAUGGAAAGAACUCGCAGGAAUUCCAGAAAAGAAGAAACUGAUGUGAUUUCAGGCCUUAGUUCUUGUGAUAUCUUUAAUGGUAAAUGGGUUGUUGAUAACUCUGAUCCCAUUUACCAACCUGGGUCUUGCCCAUUUGUUGAUGAUGCCUUCAACUGCUUCAAGAAUGGAAGGCCUGAUCUGGGUUACCUUGGAUAUCGUUGGAAGCCACAUGGGUGCCGAAUUCCAAGGUUUGAUGGAAGAAAGAUGUUGGAGAUGUUGAGAGGGAAGAGGUUGGUGUUUGUAGGAGACUCAUUGAAUAGGAACAUGUGGGAAUCAUUGGUUUGUGCAUUGAGAGAAUCAUUGAAGAACAAAAGUAGAAUCUUUGAAGUUUCUGACAGGCGAGAGUUGAGGACUCAGGGAUUCUACUCUUUCAAAUUCAUAGACUAUAACAGCUCAGUGGAUUUUGUCAAAUCACCAUUCCUUGUUCAAGAAUGGAAAGCCUCAGACAAGACUAGAAGUCGAAAAGAAACAUUAAGGCUUGACAUGAUCCAAGCAACUUCCACUAAGUACCAUGAAGCUGAUAUAAUUAUCUUCAACACAGGUCACUGGUGGACUCACCAAAAGACCUACAAGGGCAAAGAUUACUUCCAAGAAGGCAGCCAUGUCUAUAACAGGCUGCAGGUGACAGAAGCAUACACCAAAGCUUUGGGGACAUGGGCACAAUGGGUGGAUGCUAAUAUCGACGGCAGUCGUACGAGGGUGUUCUUCAGAGGAUACUCAGCUUCUCACUUCAGGUUAAUUGCUUCUUUUAUCCAUUGCUUACAUCUGAUAAUCUGUUUCAGGCCUACUGAAUAUUUUUUCUGUGGACAUGGAAGGAAAGGGCAAUGGAAUUCAGGAGGGCACUGUGAAAACGAGACACAGCCAGUGAGAAAUGACACUGGGCUUGCUCCAUAUCCAUGGAUGAUGAGCAUUCUUGAAUCUGUUAUAUCAGAAAUGAAGACACCAGUGUUUUAUCUCAACAUUAGCAAAAUGACAGACUACAGAAAAGAUGGGCAUCCUUCCAUUUACAGGCAACCUGAGAUCAGAAGAACCCAUGGGAUGACUCAAGACUGCAGCCAUUGGUGCCUCCCUGGUGUUCCUGACUUCUGGAAUGAGCUUCUUUACGCCACUCUCCUAUUAUCACACCAUGAUUUGUCAAUUAACGUCCACUAGAAUCUACAGAUGGCUCAAAUUUUUUUACUGUUCAACCUUUGGUUGGAACUUCAUUCUUUGCAUAUCCUUUUCUUUCAGUCCCACUUAUUCGAAUUUUUUUUUUUUUAACAAUUAAACAAGGCCAAGCUUGAAUUUUAGUUUCAAAUA